AAAUAAAAGAGAUUCAUGCAUUGGCAGCAGUCUCCUCGCCUUUCUUCACAUUCUUGUGAUCAGAUCACGGUUUAAAGAUGCCAACAGGUUGCGAAGCUCUAGUUUCUCAUAGCAUUCAUCAAGCCAAUGGCGAGAGUGAUUCUCAGCAGUAUGAUGGUAUACCAGAAGGUAACAUCCAGCUUCAAAUCAAACCUCAACUAUCUUUUGAACAAGCAUGCAAUCUCAUCGCCAAACUCUACGGUUUUCAGGAUGUCGUUUGCUUGAAGGAGUUUAUCAGCUACUACAACCAAAACAUUUUGAUUGAGGCCAGACGACCGAACCACCAGCCCGUGAGCCCCCCUGAGAAGUUUGUGCUGAAGCUCACCAAUUCGGAAGAAUCACAGCUCUUCAUAUUGCACCAACAGCAGAACGAAAUCCUGCUGAAGCUGAAGAAUGAUGGGAUACCAUGUUGCUGGCCUGUUCAGAAUGCGGCUGGCGAGGAUUUGAGCUUGGAGAAGCUCUCGUUUAAACACAGAGAAACUGGAGACUUCAUGACAGGCUCGUUCAUAGUCCGUAUCUUGGGGUACAUACCAGGACAAUCUUCUUGGGAUGCACCUCUUCUUACCCCAAAGAUAUGCUACGAAGGAGGACAACUACUGGGCCAACUUUCUACCAAUCUACAGAAUAUUUCUAUUGACAAAACUGAGUCGAUAAGGAGGAGUGAGGAUCUGAUCUGGUGUCUUAGUAAUGUCCCAAGGUUAAGGGAAUAUCUCUUCGUUCUACAGGAUAACAACCAGAGGAGGGUCAUUGAGGAUGUUAUUGAUGCCUUUGAAGAAAAGGUUUUAAAGAUAGAACACAAAUUGAGGAAAGGAAUGAUCCACUCCGAUUUCAGUGAAUUCAACCUCCUGGUGCGAGAUAGGUCUCUGGAAGAAAACUUCAGUGACGUCACAGAUGACAUCAAAAGAGACGUGGUAGGGAUAAUCGACUUUGAUCACAUGAUGUAUUCCUGUAUCGUCUACGAUAUCGCUAUAUCCAUCAUGUACCUGAUGCAGUGUACAAAUCUCCAGCUGGACCCGGUUAAAUCCGGUGGAAUACGACUCGCAGGAUUCCUUUCGAAACGCGCACUCACGGAAUGCGAAUGGCGCGUUCUGUACUACUGCGUGGCCGCGCGCUUCGCGCAGUCCCUCGUCAUUGGUCUACAUACUCACUCGCUGCAACCACAAAACGACUACAUUCUCAGUAGCCAAAAGAAAGGCUGGCAAGUGCUCUUCGACUUCUGGGCACGAGAUGCCCAAGAUGUAUAUAGUCAGUGGAGAAAACAUGACCAGCAUUACAAUCAGUUUCCCAAAGAGCAACCUAUAGACGUCUGUGAUAUCGAAAAAGAAGAAAUCAAUAACAAUGAGAACAACGAAAGAUGUUGAUUGUUGUGGAGUAAAAAAAAUAAAUGGGUCUAAACGUACAUGUAGUUGUUUUUUAAACCCAAGAAAUCCAAUAAUGUGGGAUAAUUUCUCUUUGAAACAUUGAAAGUUUGCCGAUUUAACGCUAUUUAAAUGUUCCAUCUAAUCAUUAUAACUAUUAUUUCAUAAAGUCUUCUACAGGCCUCUUUUUUCUAUCAUGUCUAUUCAUAUAUCUUCCUUGCCUUCGGUUAUUCUACCAUUUCCCCCUUUUGCAAUUCUCCAAUCAUAAUCAAUCGCUUAUUCAAAUAUUUAUGUAUAAAGAGAUAAAAAUGUGCCCGGAUUGCUAUUGUCGUGGUGGGAUGUCUUGUGAACAAGGGGAUUGCUGUCAGCUCGUAGUUUUUCAAUUGUACACAUUCAUAUUGGAUUAAUUUGCCAAGUCCAUG